AUGACUUAUGCCAAACAAAUUGAAGCCAAAAAGUUGCAGGAGUGGUCUAGAGGGUUCAAGAAAGCUAGAGUAGAUGGUGGAGGGUCUAACUCUCAAAGUUACGAUUAUGGUAGCAAUGGAAAAUGUCAAGGUAGGAAACCGUUUAUUUGUAAAGAUUUCACUAAUAAUCAUCCUCCCAAGUUCAACAAGGAUAAGGGUCCUAAUCACAUGUUCUCAAGAGAUAAUGUUGGCGCCCAAGAUUUUCCCCCAUGUAAGAAGUGUGGGAGGACCCAAAAAGGGGAGUGUUUUGCGGGCUCAAAUGUGUGCUUCAAGUGUGGAAAACCGGGUCACCAUGCUAAGAAUUGUAGAGGUGGUGGUGGUGGUGUUAAUAGGACUCAAGUCCAAGUUGAUCAUGAUCAACAAGCUUAUGGAGGUGGCAAAUGCACCAACCAUUUCUAUGCUUUGCAUAGGAGGUGA